CCCUCCCAAUCAUGUGAUUCAGGUGUUUCAAUCCCCUCCAUAUCAUGUGAUUCAGGUGUUCCAAUCCCCUCCCAAUCAUGUGAUUCAGGUGUUCCAAUCCCCUCCCAAUCAUGUGAUUCAGGGGUUCCAAUCCCCUCCAUAUCAUGUGAUUCAGGUGUUCUAAUCCCCUCCAUAUCAUGUGAUUCAGGUGUUCCAAUCCCCUCCCAAUCAUGUGAUUCAGGUGUUCCAAUCCCCUCCAUAUCAUGUGAUUCAGGUGUUCCAAUCCCCUCCCAAUCAUGUGAUUCAGGUGCUCCAAUCCCCUCCCAAUCAUGUGAUUCAGGUGUUCCAAUCCCCUCCAUAUCAUGUGAUUCAGGUGUUCCAAUCCCCUCCCAAUCAUGUGAUUCAGGUGUUCCAAUCCCCCCAUAUCAUGUGAUUCAGGUGUUCCAAUCCCCUCCAUAUCAUGUGAUUCAGGUGUUCCAAUCCCCUCCAAUCAUGUGAUUCAGGUGUUCCAAUCCCCUCCCAAUCAUGUGAUUCAGGUGUUCCAAUCCCCUCC